CAUGACGCAAAACCGAUGCGACGUGCCUCAGUCUCAAACAAGAUGGCAGCUCGCUUGGUAGAUAAGCGUGGCUUAGAACAUUUAGAUGAAUAUGAGCCAAAACCAGCGAAACUGCAACGAAUACUACACGAUAAAAUGACAGAGAAACGAGUUGUUGUUGUUCUGGAAGGAGCGACGCUAGAAACCGUAAAGGUUGGUAAGACAUUUGAGCUGUUAAACUGUGACCAACACAAGAGUAUGAUAAUAAAGAAUGGAAGAGACCCUGGAAACUUUCGUCCAGAUAUCACACAUCAGUGUCUACUUAUGUUGAUGGACAGUCCAUUGAAUAGAGCAGGACUGCUGCAGGUGUACAUUCACACUGAGAAGAACGCUUUGAUUGAGAUCAAUCCUCAGACCAGAAUUCCCCGUACCUUCCCUCGCUUUUGUGGACUCAUGGUGCAGCUCCUGCAUAAGCUGAGUGUCCGUGCGGCUGACAGUCCCCAGCGCUUACUGAAGUUGAUUAAAAACCCUGUUUCAGACCACCUGCCCCCAGGAUGCCCACGCUUUGCCACUUCUUUCAAAGCAGGAGAUUCUGUCUGUCCCAGAACCAUUGUGCCUGAAAAUGGCCCUGCUGCUGUUGUCAUUGGAGCUUUUGCACAUGGAUCGGUAAAUGUGGACUACACAGAGAAAACGGUGUCCAUCAGUAACUACCCCCUCUCUGCUGCCCUGACAUGUGCCAAAAUAUGCUCUGCCUUUGAGGAGGUCUGGGGGGUGUUGUGACAAAAAACAAAUAAGGCUUUGGACUUUUGGUGAAACUGCAUUCAUCUGUGUGUGCAAUGCACAUACACUCCAAGAUCUCUACUCUACCUUUUAACUAAGCCUUUUUUAUAACAUGUAACACCUCACCACUGUCUCAGUAUUUUCUGUGGAUGUUUGGCAGAAGUAAUGUUUUGUACCUUUUGUAAAUGAUUUUUUUUUUCAAACAUUGUCAAUAGAAUGAAUGGCAGUAAUGUCAUCAGUGUACAAAUAAACCUUAAUUUGAAUCUA